UUUUAAGUUAAAUCAAACAAAGUUCCGUUUUCUAAUCAUGAAUUUGCUGGUAAUGAUAACAAUCUUCUGCGUGGUGAAAACUAUACGAGGUAUUUCGAUGCAAAAGAUGACGAGUCAAACAUUUGAAAGGCAAGAGAAAAGAUUUGUUAGAAGUUUAGUUAAUCAGGCACGCCUUCUCUCCGACUGGACGGAAUGGUCUACUUGCAACGCCACUGUAUGUGGGAUAGUUGGUGUGCAGGAGAGAUAUCGAAAUUGCUCAAUUGCGGGCGAAAUUUCUGUUCAUUUGACAAUCUGCGGACAAGAGCUUUACCAAGCGAAGCCUUGUGAAAUGCCGUGUAUUACCAAUCAACCCGUAAGUCUCAGUUCAUGGAGCAAUUGGGGAAGUUGUAGCGUGUCAUGUGGAAGAGGGGGUGUUCAAAUCAGACAGAGAGAUUGCUUACAAAUCCCCUGCACGGAACGGUUUCUUCAACAGAGAAGUUGCAUCGGUCAGAAUACAUGUCCACAGUGGAGCCAAUGGCAGGAAUGGAGCGAAUGUUCGAAAUCCUGUGGAAUGGGUGGGGUAAAAAUACGAGAAAGAAGUUGCCAAGUUCGGCGAAACACAAGAGUUGCCCAAGUGGUGGUGAGUGACGUAUUAAAAAGAGUGUCAAGUCCACGACAGAGUUCAAUUCAAAACGUAAACGCAUCGCUAUGUGAGGGCGGGAAUGAAGGUACUGAAGAUGCAUUUCCCUGCAUGACGUCAACUUCAUGUCGACGUAAUUGGUCAUCGUGGCAACCAUGGAAUGGUUGUUCAACCACGUGUGGAAUGGGUUUUAGCGCGGGACGGAGAGUUUGUUUGGGCAGCAUCGGUUCUUCGUGUUUGGGAAGACCUGCACGUUACAGACGGUGUUACAGUCCGCCAUGUUGGUCAAGUUGGUCAAUGUACACACCAUGUUCGAUUUCCUGCGGUGCCGGUGCGGGAUAUCGCACACGUCGACGCGAAUGUCGUGGAACUUCUACUCGGGUACCACAGUAUAUGACGUGUCGUGGAAGUAAUACUGAACGGGAACUUUGUAACACCGAGACGUGUCCAAGAUGGGGUCAAUGGUCGAGAUUCAACAGAUGUUCAAAAACCUGUGACGGCGGAAAGAAGAUGAGAACACGAAAGUGUGAGAGAGGAAUUUGCCGUGGACGCAAAACCGACGUCGUCACAUGCAAUUACCAACGCUGUCCCUAUUGGAGUCAAUGGUCUUCAUAUACUUGCUGUAGUGUGACAUGUGGUGCGAAUGGUAUAAAGGAGCGGACACGAGUUUGCAGGCAUGGAGGAUACAGAAGGGCACCGUUCAUGAAUAGUUGUGUCGGAGAAUGGAGAGAGCAAACUAAUUGCUCCAUGCAUCCGUGUAAUGUAACUCCUCCAUCGGUGUUUGACACGUUUGAAUGCGGGAUACGAAACAGGCGACAAACGAACAACCUUAGUAGCUCUUUGUUGCGAAUAUUUGGAGGACAGCAAUCAGGCCCGCAUGGGUGGCCGUGGCAAGCUAGCUGGCAGCACAAAAACUGCAACAGAUGUUCAUGGUCACAUUCUUGCGGAGCCACCCUUGUUGCACCUGGUUGGGUUAUUAUUGCUGCCCAUUGCAUCGAAGAAGCGUCUCAGCCCAUGAACCAUGACAACCCGGGGGAUUUAUGGAGUAUCGUUGUCGGGAUGCACAGACUUAGUGAAGAUGGUGAGCGAUAUUUCAUUCGAAGGGCAAUUGUUCACCCCAACUAUAUAUAUAGAGAUGUCACAGAUGCUGAUAUUGCUCUUGUUGAGUUAAGAAGUGAAGUCCCUCUUACUACCGAAGUUGUUCCGGUAUGUCUGCCACAAUUCAGCCAGCCACUUGUAAAUGAGACAUGCUUUAUAACAGGCUGGGGAUUCACGGGCCCUGCGUCAUCUGUUAGCGCAAGGCUAUCACCAACAUUACUUGAAGCAGAAGUUCCUAUCAUGAAUUUUACUGCAUGUCAAAUGCUCAGUCCAAUUUACCAAGAACUUUUAAACAGCACGAAUCACAUGUGCGCAGGAGAUCCAGUGACCGCUGCCACCGAUACUUGUUUGGGUGACUCCGGUGGACCUCUGACGUGUCAACGACUUGAUAAUACUUGGUACAUAUCUGGCGUGACAUCGUUUAGUUUUGUUGAAUGCGGUACUCCUGGCCACGUGGGAAUCUACACACCGCUCAUCUCCUUCGAAGAAUGGAUUCGCACCACUAUCGAAAAUAACACUAAUGCUGCGUGUUAACGAACUCAGAAUAUCAAAUACCGAACAUUACAGUGUGAUUGCACUGCAUAUUGUAUUUUGAGCAUGCGUCAGACACGGUAUGUUGUAAACUAAAACACUAUAUUUUUAUUAAUCGCAUUAUUCUAUAUGCUGCUUUGUUGUCAAAACCCUUCAACUGUCAAAUCAACGUAGUAUAUUACACGACCUCUGUCUAUA